AUGUUCUCCAGAGCCGUCAGGAUACCACGUGCGGUGCCUCUGCGCACCGCCCGCCCUUCGAUCCCCAUCGUCGCGGCUCGCCGGUCCGUUACCACCAACGCCGCAUCCGCCAGCGUUGACAAGAGCGCAGUCCCGAAGGCAAUAAGCCUCAGCGAUGAGAGCUUCGAGACAUACGAGCUGGACCCACCUCCAUACACCAUCGAAGUGACGAAGAAGGAGCUCAAGCAGAUGUACUACGACAUGGUCGUCACCCGACAGAUGGAGAUGGCCGCCGACCGACUGUACAAGGAGAAGAAGAUCCGUGGUUUCUGCCACUUGUCGACAGGUCAAGAGGCCGUCGCCACCGGUAUCGAGCACGCUAUCACCAAGGAGGACGACGUCAUUACCGCCUACCGUUGCCACGGCUAUGCCCUGAUGCGAGGCGCCAGCGUGCGGUCCAUCAUUGGUGAGCUGUUGGGCAGACGCCAGGGUAUCGCUUACGGAAAGGGUGGUUCUAUGCACAUGUUCGCCAAGAACUUCUACGGUGGCAACGGUAUCGUCGGCGCUCAGGUCCCUGUCGGUGCCGGUCUGGCCUUCGCCCACAAGUACACUGGCCGCAAGAAGUCCUCCAUCAUCCUGUACGGUGAUGGUGCCAGCAACCAGGGCCAGGUUUUUGAGGCCUUCAACAUGGCCAAGCUGUGGAACCUGCCAGCGCUUUUCGGUUGCGAGAACAACAAGUACGGUAUGGGCACAGCGGCAGCUCGUUCCUCCGCCUUGACGGACUACUACAAGCGUGGACAGUACAUCCCGGGUCUUAAGGUCAACGGCAUGGACGUCCUUGCCGUGAAGGCAGCUGUUAAGUACGGCAAGCAGUGGACUGAUGCCGACAACGGCCCCCUCGUCCUGGAAUAUGUCACGUACCGAUACGGAGGUCACUCCAUGUCCGACCCCGGCACCACCUACCGAACCCGUGAGGAAAUCCAGCGCAUGCGUAGCACCAACGACCCCAUCUCCGGGCUUAAGAAGCACAUCCUCGAGUGGGAGGUUGCGUCUGAGGACGAACUCAAGGCCAUCGACAAGGACGCCCGCAACCACGUCAACGAGGAGGUCGCUAUCGCUGAGGCAAUGCCAGUGCCAGAGGCCACCCCACAGAUCCUGUAUGAGGACAUCUACGUCAGGGGAAGCGAGCCUCCAUUCAUCAGGGGUCGGGUACCGGAGGAGAACUUCUACUUCGCCUAA